AUGAACAACGUUGCAAUAAUUUCCCUGAAUGCUUUGAGCACGUGGCAUGUGUUUUAUCAAUCAGGAGCUUUUGUUGUAGAUGAAUGGAAGAAGAAAGUCAGUGAAUCCUAUGCCACAGUCACAGAGCGGUUGGAGGAUGACCUGCAAAUCAAGGAAAAGGAGUUGGCAGAGUUGAAGCAUGUUUUUAGCUCUGAUGAAGCCUUCUGCAAAGUCAAUUUAAAUUACCGCACUGAGAACGGGCUCUCGCUGCUCCACCUGUGCUGUGGAUGUGGGGGCAACAAAUCACAUAUCAGAACCCUGAUGCUGAAAGGGCUGCGCCCAUCCAGGCUAACAAGAAAUGGAUUUACAGCUCUGCACUUGGCAGCUUAUAAGGACAAUGUGGAGCUGCUCACAGCGCUGUUGCACGGCGGGGCUGACAUCCAGCAGGUCGGGUACGGAGCGCUCACGGCCCUGCACGUUGCCACCAUCGCCGGCCACCACAAGGCUGUGGAUAUUCUCCUGCAGCACGGGGCCUAUGUGAACGUGCAGGAUGCUGUGUUCUUCACCCCCCUGCACAUUGCUGCUUAUUAUGGCCAUGAGCAGGUAACCCACCUCUUACUAAAGUUCGGAGCUGAUGUGAAUGCAAGUGGUGAAGUUGGGGACAGACCUCUCCAUCUGGCUGCUGCCAAAGGCUUUCUCAACAUCACAAAGCUCUUGAUGGAAGAGGGAAGUAAAGCUGAUGUGAAUGCUCAGGACAACGAAGAUCAUGUUCCUCUGCACUUCUGCUCUCGAUUUGGGCACCAUGAAAUUGUGAAGUUUUUACUGCAGAGCAGCUUCGAAGUGCAGCCCCACGUGGUGAAUAUCUAUGGAGACACACCCUUACACCUUGCCUGUUACAAUGGGAAGUUUGAAGUUGUCAAGGAAAUAAUUCAGCUCUCAGGAACAGAAAGUCUCACUAAAGAAAAUAUAUUCAGUGAAACAGCUUUUCACAGCGCCUGCACCUUUGGGAAGAACAUAGAACUUGUCAAGUUUCUUCUUGACCAGAAUGUUGUAAGCAUCAACCACCAGGGAAGAGAUGGGCACACAGGAUUGCACUGCGCUUGCUACCAUGGCCACAUUCGCCUUGUGCAGUUCCUGCUGGAUAACGGAGCUGAUAUGAAUCUGGUAGCUUGUGAUCCCAGCAGGUCCAGUGGAGAAAAGGAUGAGCAGACCUGUUUGAUGUGGGCUUACGAGAAAGGUCAUGAUGCCAUUGUGACCCUCUUGAAGCAUUACAAGAGACCCCAGGAUGAAUCCCCCUGCAAUGAAUACUCCCAGCCUGGAGGAGAUGGUUCCUACGUGUCAGUGCCAUCUCCUCUGGGGAAGAUUAAAAGCAUGACAAAAGAGAAGGCUGACGUUCUCCUCCUCCGUGCUGGUUUGCCGUCGCACUUCCACCUUCAGCUCUCCGAGAUAGAGUUCCAUGAGAUUAUCGGCUCAGGUUCUUUUGGAAAAGUCUACAAGGGACGAUGCAGAAAUAAAAUUGUAGCAAUCAAACGCUAUCGAGCCAACACCUACUGCUCCAAGUCUGACGUGGACAUGUUCUGCCGGGAGGUUUCCAUUCUCUGCCGACUGAACCAUCCGUGUGUCAUCCAGUUUGUGGGAGCAUGCCUGGAUGACCCCAGCCAGUUUGCCAUCGUCACCCAGUACAUCUCUGGGGGAUCGCUCUUUUCCCUGCUCCAUGAGCAGAAGAGAACUCUUGAUCUGCAGUCUAAAUUAAUCAUUGCUGUAGAUGUGGCCAAAGGCAUGGAGUACCUCCACAAUCUCACACAGCCCAUCAUACAUCGGGAUUUAAACAGUCACAAUAUUCUCCUGUAUGAGGAUGGUCAUGCUGUAGUUGCUGAUUUUGGAGAAUCUCGAUUUCUGCAAUCCCUGGAUGAAGACAACAUGACAAAACAACCUGGGAACCUGCGGUGGAUGGCCCCCGAGGUGUUCACCCAGUGCACGAGGUACACCAUCAAAGCUGAUGUCUUCAGCUAUGCUCUGUGCCUCUGGGAGCUGUUAACGGGGGAAAUUCCAUUUGCUCACCUGAAACCAGCGGCAGCAGCAGCAGACAUGGCCUAUCACCACAUCCGCCCACCCAUCGGCUACUCCAUCCCCAAGCCCAUCUCUGCCCUGCUGAUGAGGGGCUGGAACGCCUGUCCCGAGGGGAGACCAGAGUUCUCAGAAGUUGUCACAAAGUUAGAGGAGUGUCUGUGCAAUAUUGAGUUAAUGUCUCCAGCCUCCAGCAACAGCAGCGGGUCCCUGUCACCCUCCUCGUCCUCGGACUGCCUCGUGGCCCGUGGAGGUCCCGGCCGCAGCCACGUCGCUGCGCUGCGCAGUCGGUUCGAGUUGGAAUAUGCCCUGAACGCUCGAGCCUACGCUGUCUGGUCAGAGGGCACUGGGCAACCCCUCUCUCAGGGCCUGUCUCUGGAUGACAUGAGAAGGAACUUCCAGUACCCCCCAGUCGACAAAAACGGGUACGUGUCGGACCCCUUGAGCACCAUGAGGUUCCACUCGUGCGGCAGCAGCGGCAGCUUGGAGGAGAGCAGCUGAGGGAGGGACGAUUCGCCUGCCGCCAGCCCGGCCAUCAACCUGCAGCCCUCGCUGCUCCACCAAACCCCGAGUGUCACACCGAGAUCCCUGAACAGCUUUAGUGUUGAUGGCAAAUAUCCCAAUCCUGCAUUCUGCUUUAGCAUCUCCCUCUGCUGGCCUGCCCGAGGGCUGGGUUUUGGUGGUGUGCUGCUGUUCUGUAACACAGGAAUACACACAAGGAAUGCUGCACUUUCAUCUUGGGCACUGGUAACACGAUGAGAUGAAAGUAAACAUCAGUUAUAUUCCAGAGCUCUGAGGUAGAUUGCUCUCAGCUUGGACAGCCCUGAGUCAGGGGGGAAUUUCCAGCUCCAUCCCCAUCAAGACAAGGAGCAGCCUGUUGCCCUCACCUUCAUCCACCCACCAUGGGAGCUAGGUUAUUCCUGCUCCCAGCUGCUGAACCAGACCUGGUUUGGAGUUCUCUACAGCCCUAGACACAUCCUGUGUCCCAUUCCCUGCUCCAUGGGUUGGCCCAGCUCCUCAGCACAGCAGCCCUGACUGCAGUUUGUCAGGGCUCUGACCCUUGGGUGCUCUCCUGCACGCUGUCCACAACAUGGACAUAUCUGGGUGCCCAUCUUCCAUCAACUUCUCCAGGCAUCCAUGUUUUCUUAUCCACUUGGUUUGGUUUGAGGGAUUGUUUUUCCCCAAAGAGCGUAAGCUUUCCUUCAGUUGUUUGCUUACAAAAAGCAACACAGGAGCUCCAAAACAAACUUCAAAUGAGAAGGAAGUUGUGUAAAAUUGUGUCACAAACAUGAUAACAUUAACACAGUGCAAAGUGGCAUUUUUGACUUGAAGCAAAUCUGUGUCAGGGUGCCAUUGCAAUGGGCACUCAAGUGCCACAAAAAGGCCCUUUAGUAGUGACUGAGCACGAGGAAUUAAAAAAGAGAAUAGAGGCAGGGCAGGAGAAAUGAAACUAUUUCUCUAUAACCAAUUACAGAGUUAACUGUGCUGUUAUUUUCUGGAGUCUUUUUUAAAAUUAGCAAAGUGUAUCUGUAUGUAUGCUAAGGCAGACUUGGAGUCAGCAUUCACCAUUGCUGGGCAGAGCUCUGUGGGUGUUAUUGAGGAUGUUGUGUUCCUGAUCCCUGAAGCAGGUCUGCGAUGAGGCUUCGAGCAGUGCGACAGACGUGAGCUGUGACUGCGUGGUGGGCUCUGCCAAUGCUCUGCUGCCAUGCCUGCCAUUAACUCCACAGUUCUGAAGCAAUAAA